GGAGAGGAGCUGGUCUAUCUUAGCCGGUGUGGCGCUUGUGUUUCAACAUAUUCGAUCAUUACAUUUUCUUGUGUGUAGUAUAUCGACUAGGUUACGUUAACAAAAGCGUAGAGACGAAAUUGGGACGUAAUACACCGCGUUCGGUUCGGACGGGCUGACUGGUUUUCUGAUCAAAUCGAUCGGCCGAUUUGCGGGAGUCGACCCUGUGUUGAUAAAUCUGGAAUCAUCUGAUCCGCGAUGGCUGCUCUGGAAACGGUGGAUCGAGUCGAACUGUGCGAGAGUCUCCUGACAUGGAUCCAGACCUUUGGCGUAGAGGAACCGUGCAAAACGGUAGAAGACCUGACCAGCGGAGCCGUCAUGGCCCAGGUCCUGCAGAAAAUAGAUGUAGUGUAUUUCAAUGACAGCUGGAUAAGCCGCAUCAAGCCUGAUGUUGGUGAUAACUGGAGGUUAAAGAUCAGUAAUUUAAAGAAAAUAUUGAAAGGUAUUUUGGAUUACAACCAUGAGGUUCUGGGGCAGCAGAUUAAUGACUUCACCCUCCCUGAUGUCACUCUUAUCGGAGAGCACUCAGACGCAGCUGAACUGGGCCGGAUGCUGCAGCUCAUUCUGGGAUGUGCUGUCAACUGUGAACAGAAGCAAGAAUACAUCCAGACCAUUAUGAUGAUGGAGGAGUCUGUGCAGCAUGUCGUCAUGACGGCCAUCCAGGAGCUCAUGAGCAAAGAGAGCCCAGUGGCGGGAGGCAGCGACUCAUACGUGGACCUGGACAGACAGCUGAAGAAGACCCUGGACGAGCUGAACGACGCUCUGGCCUCCAAAGAGGAGAUCGCUCAGAGAUGUCAUGAGCUCGACAUGCAGGCCUGCCUCAUACAGGACGAGCGUGAUAGGCUGAGAUUAGAGUUUGUUGAACUAGAGGAGAGGGUGGCAGCCCUGCAGGAGGAGAAGAGCAGUCUUCUGGCUGAGAACCAGGUCCUGAUGGAGCGCCUCAACCAGUCCGACUCCAUUGAGGACCUGAACAGCCCGGCUGGUCGUCGGUAUCUCCAGCUCCAGACCCAGCUGGAGCAGCUGCAGGAGGAGACGUUCAGGCUGGAAGCAGCUAAAGAUGACUAUCGUAUCCGAUGUGAGGAACUAGAAAAGGAGCUUCUAGAGGUCAAAGGCCAGAAUGAGGAGUUGACCUCUCUGGCUGAUGAAGCGCAGUCCCUCAAAGACGAGAUGGAUGUGCUCAGACAUUCCUCUGAUAAGGUCUCUAAGCUGGAGGCACAGGUGGAGUCAUAUAAGAAGAAGUUGGAGGAUCUGGGUGACCUACGGCGGCAGGUGAAGCUGCUGGAGGAGAAAAACACCAGCUACAUGCAGAACACGGUCAGCCUGGAGGAGGAGCUCCGCAAGGCCAACUCCGCCCGCGCUCAGCUCGACACCUACAAGAGACAGGUGGUGGAGCUCCAGAACCGUCUGUCUGAGGAGUCCAAGAAGGCCGAUAAGAUGGAGUUUGAGUGCAAGAGACUGAAGGAGAAAGUGGAUUCGCUUCAGAAAGAGAAGGACCGGAUGAGGACAGAGAGGGACUCUCUGAAGGAGACAAUCGAAGAGCUGCGUUGUGUUCAGGCACAGGAGGGGCAGCUCACCUCAGUAGGACUUGUUCCACUGGGCAGUAAUGAGGGCUCUGAUUCGCUCGCCGCAGAAAUCAUCACCCCAGAGAUCCGAGAGCGGAUGAUCCGUCUGCAGCAUGAGAAUAAGAUGCUGAAGCUGAAUCAGGAAGGCUCUGAUAAUGAGCAGAUCGCCCUGCUGAAGAGCCUGCUGGAGGACGCCAAUGCCAGGAAGAACGAGCUGGAGACAGAGAACAGGGUGGUGAACCAGAGACUGAUGGCAGGUCAGAGUCAGGUCGAGGAGCUGCAGAAAAGUCUUCAGGAGCAGGGCUCUAAAGCCGACGACGACUUUUUCAACUCAAGCCCACUUUUCUCUCUCUCCCAAUCACCCCACCUUCAGGCUGUUUCAGUCCUGCUGAAGCGUAAAUGCGAGGAACAUUUGGAGAAACUGCGGGAUGCAACCAAUGAAUUGCUGAAAAAGAACACCAUCAUAGAAGAGCUGGAGCCCAAAUAUAAUGCAAGCACCAUACGGGUUGAAGACCUGGAGGAGGCUUUGAAGAAGAAGGAUGAAGAGAUGAAGCAGAUGGAGGAGAGAUAUAAAAAAUAUCUGGAGAAAGCAAAGAGUGUCAUUCGGACCCUGGACCCUAAGCAGAACCAGGGCUCAGCUCCUGAGGUGCAGGCCCUCAAGAAUCAGCUACAGGAGAGGGAGAGGAUGCUGCACUCACUGGAGAAAGAGUAUGACAAGGCCAAGUCACAGCGAGACCACGAGGAGAAGCUGAUCGUGUCUGCCUGGUACAACAUGGGAAUGGCUCUACAGAAGAAGGCAGCCGAAGACCGCUUGGCCAGCACGGGUUCGGCUCAGUCGUUCCUGGCCAGGCAGAGACAGGCCACCACCAUGCGCCGCUCUUACCCCGGCCACGUGCAGCCGGCCACGGCCAGUGAUGUAAUGGCAUGACCAACCAGUCAAGCGCGUGUGGCUGCAUGAGGGAGCUGCUUGCAUAAAUGAUUUUUGAUUUGAGGCUGUUGCCUGAUGAUAUAUCCACAUGCACUAACCCCUACCCCCUUUAACAGCCCCCCUCCCAACCCAUCAUUGCUCGUGAACCACCGCCACGCACAGGAAACCCUGCCCCUUUUACCACCCACCACCAAUCACAGAGCAGCAUGCUUGCUUUAUGUUUCCAAACCACCGCUGCCCCAGCAUGCAGCAGUCUGAGAAGUGAGCACCGACGGUCACAAGUCGUGUAUGUUUGAGAGAGAACGGUUACCUAGCCUUAAGAUUACGUGCACGUGGAUGGGUUUCCUAACGGCAAAUCUAGAAUAAUAGGAUUAUAAUCCAAGUGCUACUGAAAAACUGUCCUGCCAGUUAAAGUAUUAAAUAUGAAGUGUGGGAUCCUCCUCAAGGGUUGCAGAAUGCUGGAACCACUUCAGUAAGUGUUAUAUGAGGAAUAGUUACAAUGAGGAAGGGACAAUGAUGUGAGGCGUGCGGUAAUGCAGGUAGAUGGACUCCAGACUCUUCCAUAUUUAUUUGUUUUCUAUUUUAUCUUUGAUGCCACUUCAUCUGUUUGAAAUGGUAUGAAGUAUUUUUUUCUUCUUCCCUUUCCUGUGCCCUCGUGUUAUUACUCAUAUGAGCAAAUGUACUGCUUAAAAGUGGCAAGUUACCCACUGGAAGGUGAAUGCUUCGGCCCAGCUAUGCCUGCUGAACCAGACGUGUUUAUCGUGAAUUUUCCUCUAAUUUACAGCCGCUACGCACAUUCAGCUCUCAGGGCUGUAAAAUCCCCAGUCAAGCCACAGCGUGGGGGCUGAGGCAGUGUUAUGUAACAUUAGCGUCAUGCUAUCGCACCUGAGGGAUAUACAGUAUUAGGGAAAAAUGUAUUAAAGGUCAUUACGCUGGUAAGCAAAGGCUGGUGGAAUGACACACAAACCCCCUGCUUUUGCUUUGUGGUGUCUUCUGAAAACACUACUCCAUUUGUUGGAUUAGGAGAAUUUAACCAAUGCUGCACAAGCAGGUGGAUCUGUCUAACCAAUGGCCUCACAGAAAAUCAGUACAGCGCCGCCUUUCCUGCCGGUGUUGUUAAGUGCUUUUACCUCAAACGAGUAGAGCGGAGGGCUAAGACACAACUGUACACACUAACCCAAUAAAGUCUGCUGCCUCUGCCUCUUCAGCUGUCGCAGGUCAAUAUCAACUGUCCAUGUCAUGUAACAGACCAUUUUGCAGUGUGUUGAGUCAAAGGUGACACAUGACUUAUAAAUAAGGCAAAUUUGGAUUUAAAGUAACUGCUUGUUCUUUUAUAAUUAUUUAAGGUAAGCUUGGGGUUUGUAUGUUACGGAAUGGCAGCAUUGACGAAUGCUUGGGUUGUUUUAGUGUUUGGGUUAGAGAACAGUUAGUUUAUUUAAAAUUCUCUCACAACCGUUAUGUUAUGUCCUGAACAGACACCUCAGUCAAAGCUCUAUAAAAGGGUAAAAAUAAAAACAAUAGGAAAUUCACAACAAAUUUCUCAACUUUUAUGGCUGUACAUUUUUUAAUAGUUAGACUCAUUAUGUUUAUUCGAAGCAGCAAAUAAUCUUUCCAUUUGCCAAAUUUUAUACUGCUUGUAAACAUUUUGUAAAUAAACUAUUUGAAAGACCGUGUUUCCUGGUGAUUAGUUUAUAUUAAAAAACAGGAGGAUAAAUGAGUAAGGACAGGAUGUUGCUGAAUUACAUGGUGUUUUUACUAGGACUGUGUUGAGAGAAACGCACUUCCAAAGCAAAAGAAAUGUACAGUUGUUAACCCAGUUGUAAAUAAAGCUUGUAUAAAACUCA